CAAAAUCAGUCAACUUCAAAAGAGAAUCUAAACGUCCGUCAUGUUACACCUUGUCAAAAUUUUAUCGUAAAACACCAACCAACCGAAAAAAUGGACGAAUUCAUAGGAAAUGUCGCCAAAUUGUUGUCCAGUACCGUUAUAGUCCGCAUUUCAUCAUAUCCUUCCUUUGCCAUCGAAAUAUUCUUGGCCCUAACCGUUUGUGUAGUGCACUUCCUGCUCAUCUUCGAAAUCAACACCCUGGUGAGGAGGACCAAUGCGAAAACAGGGGCUAGACUACGGUUCAGACACGCAGCCAAAGAAAGUAUGACGUCGUUUCACAGUCUAGUAACCCUCCAAACCACCCAAGUAUUCCAGAAAAAAGCUGAAAGUUUCCAGAAACAACCCCAAGUCUACGAGGCGGCCAUUCACAGACUACCCGCAAAAAAGUUCAGUAGAUCUAAUUUUGGAUGGAUGCUAUCCAAAGGAGAUUCGAUCUUGAAGCACAAUUUUCACGAUAGGGUAGAACAUCUAUUGUCUAUAUCCCCCAGCGAAUACGUGCGUAGGGAUAAGGAACGGAAAAGCAAAGAACAAGGUUUGAGAUCUUGCAUCCAAUCGCUCACGUCCUUGCUCGAGAAGGCUCUGAACAACGACACUCUCGAAAUUCAAGACAUGUCCAAGGAUGACAUCAAACGCAGCAUCAACACUCUGAAGGAGAACUUCGAGAACCAACUCAACAACGACUAUCAACUCUCAGAGUUUCCCUCUCCCAGUUUGCAGAGUUUGAUUGCUCAAUCGACAGCUAGAAACGCUCUCAGAGAUUCGCUUUCUCCAAAUUUGAUUUCGUCGAUUUACAGAGCCUCGCACUUGAGAAUUUCAAACAGUAAUUUCGAUAACAGGUCUCAGAAACGGCGGGAAAUGAAAGAGAGGAAGAGUAGGAAAGGAUCGAACUUGAGCUUAAAGUCGAGCGAUUCGCUGGAUGAGUUAUUCCGGAAAGUUUCCAAUGAGUUUUUCCGCGAUGAGAAAAUGGAGAAAAUUGAGCCAAGGCCUGUGUCUGCCUGCUGAAACUCCGGGUUUGUAGAGUGGAAAUUGUUUGGGUUAAAUUAUUUGUUGCGAUUUAUGUCGAUUACUAAUAAAAAACGUCUGGUAAAUA